AUGAUGCUGGCCCGGCUGCUUUCACUUCUCUGGCUAGCCUCUCGCGCUUCUGCUGCUCCUCGCAGGGGAGAUCUUGAGCUUCAGGUGCCGCCCGAAGGCAUCGAAUCCGAGGUCCUGCGCCCACGCCCGCUGAUUCGCCGUCAUCUCCCCUCGGAGGCUUCCUUUCACCUCUCUCCGGCCGUCCCCUUGGAAGUCCCUUUAACAAAGGAGCCCUCAGGGGAGCCCUUAAGGGAGCCUCUCAGGGUGCCCUUAAAGGAAGCUUCCGAGGGCAGAACCCAGACGCCGGAAGGGACUAGGGCCGCGAGUCUGCUCGUGCAGGACCUCGGACAUGGGUCGCUGUCAUGGUAUCUCUGGGUAGGGCUGCUCUCGUCCUCACUUGGGGCCGCGCUCACGGGCCUCAGCCUCUGGCGCGGCUUCUGCGUGGAGGUGGCCGCCGAGGAGCUGGUUCCGCCGCGCCCAGGGCACGUCACGUCUGUGUUUCAGAUCCUGUGCAUCACGAGCCUCAACAUCGGCUACGGUGCGAUGGCGGCGACCAUGGCCAUCUUCGUCCUCCCCAAGGCUACAAGAAAGACGCCGUGA